CCAAUGUCAUGGCGUCGUUAAAAGAGAUCUGCUCUGGUUUACCGUUUAGACCAUUACCACCAAAACAAGCUACAGAUCACAGUGUACCUCAUGCGCCAAAACGCAACGCAAACUUGUCAAAGAAUGACGAAAUUUUGGCUUUAAAGAAUGCACUGAGAUAUUUCCCUAAAGAAACACACACAGAGCUUGCACCUGAAUUUGCAGAGGAAUUAAGAAAACAUGGACAUAUCUAUAUGUACCGCUUUCGACCUACUUUGGAAAUGAAAGCAUAUAAUAUUGAUGAAUAUCCAUGCAAGGUUAAACAUGCUGCAGCUAUAAUGUUGAUGAUAAUGAAUAACCUUGAUCCCAAAGUUGCCCAGUUUCCACAUGAGUUGGUAACCUAUGGGGGAAAUGGUCAGGUUUUUUCUAAUUGGGCACAGUUUCGUCUGGUAAUGCAUUACCUCUCCAUCAUGACAGAAGAACAAACAUUGGUGAUGUACUCUGGACAUCCAUUAGGACUGUUUCCCAGUUCUCCAUCAAGUCCUCGGGCUGUUGUUACAAAUGGAAUGAUGAUACCAAACUAUUCAAGCAAAGAGAACUAUGACAAACUGUUUGCUCUCGGUGUCACAAUGUUUGGUCAGAUGACAGCUGGUAGUUAUUGUUACAUUGGUCCCCAGGGUAUAGUACACGGUACAACACUUACUGUACUCAAUGCCGCACGACGUCAUCUCAACACGUCAGAGCUUGCUGGUCGUGUUUUCGUCACUUCCGGUCUUGGAGGUAUGAGUGGUGCCCAGGCCAAGGCUGCGACCAUCUGUGGCUGUGUCGGGGUGAUCGCUGAGGUCAAUGGAGCAGCACUAAUGAAACGUCAUAAACAGGGCUGGCUUAUGGAAGUUUCAGAAAACCUGGAUCAAUGCAUUCAAAGAAUAAAGAACGCAAGAGAAGAAAAGAAACCAUUAAGCCUCGGUUUUCAUGGAAAUAUUGUAGAUCUUUGGGAAAGACUUGCAGAAGAGGAUGUGAUGUUGGUAGAUAUGGGUUCAGAUCAAACCUCACUCCAUAAUCCUUAUAAUGGCGGGUACUAUCCUGUCGGGCUAAGUUUUGAAGAGGCCAAUCAGUUAAUGAUUGAUGAUCCACUGAAAUUCAAGGAUGCCGUGCAAGCAAGUCUAAAACGACAAGUGUCUGCAAUUAAUAAGUUAUCCGAAAAAGGGAUGUAUUUUUUUGAUUAUGGAAAUGCAUUUCUACUCGAAGCAAGCAGAGCUGGUGCUGACGUUGGUUUGAAAGAAGAUGGAACUUUCCGUUAUCCUUCCUAUGUCCAGGAUAUUAUGGGCAAUAUAUUCUCACUUGGGUUUGGCCCGUUCCGGUGGGUUUGUACAUCAGGAUAUCCUGAGGACUUGGAGGAGUCAGACAAGAUUGCGACAGAUGUUUUGGAGAAGAUCAUAAAACAAGAUGUUCCAAAAGAAGUAAAACCUCAGUAUGAAGACAAUAUAAAGUGGAUUAAAAAAGCGCAAGAGAAUAAACUGGUUGUUGGCUCACAAGCUCGUAUUUUGUAUUCGGACCAAAAUGGAAGAGUGUCUAUCGCCAUGGCGUUUAAUGAAGCUAUUGCAAGCAAGAGAAUUAAGGGUCCUAUUGUUGUAAGUCGGGACCAUCACGAUGUCAGCGGAACAGAUAGUCCCUACCGAGAAACAUCGAAUAUUUUUGACGGAUCUAAUCUUUGCGCAGAUAUGGCCGUUCAAAAUGUCAUUGGAGAUUCAUUUCGUGGUGCCACGUGGGUUAGCUUGCACAACGGUGGAGGGGUUGGAUGGGGCGAAGUGACGAAUGGCGGAUUCGGGCUGGUUCUGGAUGGCUCUGAGGAUGCAGGAAUACGUGCCAAGAAUAUAUGUUAUCGGGAUAAAAUGGAGUGA